GCGGCCCCUCAGGUGCCUCCAGCGUCCCUCAGCCUCGGCCUGGCGUUUUGGGAGGGACUGCCUGCCGCCGUCCCUCGCUCCGGAGCCGCUGCGGGCUUAGCCUCCUGGCCUCGGGUCUGGGGCGUCGGGGCCGCACAGGGCGGCACAUAUUUGGGGGAAUGGAAGCCUUCUCCGCUCCGCGAGGGGGUUAAGGGGACCAGGGCUCUCGGUAUCCUCAUCUUGGCGUUUCGUCCAGACUCGUGCGAUGGAGGACUCUGCCUGCCCUGGCCUGCGGCCCGCGAGGAGCUGGGGCUGGAGGAAGAUGGAUGGCAGAGCUCUGGCCCCUCUGAGGCGUGGGGGGAAGGAGGGAGUGUGCGAACAGAGAUCUUCGCUACUUCUGGCUUGAUUUUGGGGGGAGGGGUCUUCGCGUUGGUUCUUUUAGGGGCAUCCGUUAUUUCAACAGCCUUUUCCCCUCGAGGGAGAGGAGAGAAAAGGAGCCCGAGCCCCCAGUACCUUCCCUACUCUAGAAAAUCGCUGCUGUAGAAGACAAACAAGCAAAGGUCCCCCCCCCCCUUUUGUCAUGGCUCAGUUUGGAGGACAGAAGAAUCCGCCAUGGGCUACUCAGUUUACAGCCACUGCGGUAUCUCAGCCAGCUGCAUUGGGUGUUCAGCAGCCAUCACUCCUUGGAGCAUCUCCUACCAUUUAUACACAGCAGACUGCAUUGGCAGCAGCAGGCCUUACCACACAAACCCCAGCAAACUAUCAGUUAACUCAAACUGCAGCGUUGCAGCAACAAGCCGCAGCUGCAGCAGCUGCAUUACAACAGCAAUAUUCACAACCUCAGCAGGCCUUGUAUAGUGUGCAACAACAGUUACAGCAACCUCAGCAGACUCUUUUAACGCAGCCAGCUGUUGGAUUGCCUACAAGCCUUAGCUUGUCAACUCCUCAACCUGCAGCUCAGAUAACUGUAUCAUAUCCAACACCACGGUCCAGUCAGCAACAAACACAACCUCAGAAACAGCGUGUUUUUACAGGGGUGGUUACAAAACUACAUGAUACAUUUGGAUUUGUGGAUGAAGAUGUAUUCUUUCAGCUUAGUGCUGUCAAAGGGAAAACCCCCCAAGUGGGUGACAGAGUACUGGUUGAAGCUACAUAUAAUCCCAAUAUGCCUUUUAAGUGGAAUGCACAAAGAAUUCAAACGCUACCAAAUCAGAAUCAAUCCCAAACUCAGCCUUUGCUGAAGACUCCUCCUGCUGUACUUCAGCCAAUUGCACCACAGACGACGUUUGGUGUUCAGGCUCAGCCCCAGCCCCAGUCACUGCUGCAGGCACAGAUUUCAGCAGCUUCUAUUACACCACUACUGCAGACUCAGCCACAGCCUUUAUUACAGCAGCCACAGCAGAAAGCUGGCUUAUUGCAGCCUCCUGUCCGUAUAGUUUCACAGCCACAGCCAGCACGAAGGUUAGAUCCACCAUCCAGAUUUUCAGGAAGAAAUGACAGAGGGGAUCAAGUGCCUAACAGAAAGGAUGACCGAAGUCGUGAAAGGGAGAGAGAAAGGCGUAGAUCCAGAGAAAGAUCUCCUCAGAGAAAACGUUCCAGGGAGAGAUCUCCUCGAAGAGAGAGAGAACGGUCACCUCGGAGAGUUCGACGUGUUGUUCCACGUUAUACAGUUCAGUUUUCAAAGUUUUCUUUAGAUUGUCCUAGUUGUGACAUGAUGGAACUAAGGCGCCGUUAUCAGAAUUUAUAUAUACCUAGUGACUUUUUUGAUGCUCAGUUUACAUGGGUGGAUGCUUUCCCUUUGUCAAGACCAUUUCAGCUGGGAAAUUACUGCAAUUUCUAUGUAAUGCACAGAGAAGUAGAGUCCUUAGAAAAAAAUAUGGCUGUUCUUGAUCCACCAGAUGCUGAUCACUUAUACAGUGCAAAGGUAAUGCUGAUGGCUAGCCCUAGUAUGGAAGAUUUGUAUCAUAAGUCAUGUGCUCUUGCUGAAGACCCACAAGAACUUCGAGAUGGAUUUCAACAUCCUGCUAGACUUGUUAAGUUUUUAGUGGGCAUGAAAGGCAAGGAUGAAGCCAUGGCCAUUGGAGGCCACUGGUCUCCUUCGUUGGAUGGACCAGACCCAGAGAAAGACCCCUCUGUGUUGAUUAAGACUGCUAUUCGUUGUUGUAAGGCUCUGACAGGCAUUGAUCUAAGUGUAUGCACACAAUGGUACCGUUUUGCAGAGAUUCGCUACCAUCGCCCUGAGGAGACCCACAAGGGGCGUACAGUUCCAGCUCAUGUGGAGACAGUGGUUUUAUUUUUCCCGGAUGUUUGGCAUUGCCUUCCCACCCGCUCAGAGUGGGAAACCCUCUCCCGAGGAUACAAGCAGCAGCUGGUCGAGAAGCUUCAGGGUGAACGCAAGGAGGCUGAUGGAGAACAGGAUGAAGAAGAGAAGGAUGAUGGUGAAGCUAAAGAAAUUUCCACUCCUACUCAUUGGUCAAAACUUGAUCCAAAGACAAUGAAGGUAAAUGAUCUCCGAAAAGAAUUAGAAAGUAGAGCUCUUAGUUCCAAAGGCUUAAAGUCCCAGUUAAUAGCCCGAUUAACAAAACAGCUUAAAGUAGAAGAGCAAAAAGAAGAACAAAAGGAAUUAGAGAAAUCUGAAAAAGAAGAGGAAGAGGAGGAUGAUAGGAAAUCUGAAGAUGAUAAAGAGGAAGAAGAAAGAAAACGCCAAGAGGAACUGGAACGCCAGCGUCGGGAAAGAAGAUACAUUUUGCCUGAUGAGCCAGCCAUUAUUGUACAUCCAAAUUGGGCUGCAAAAAGUGGCAAGUUUGAUUGUAGCAUCAUGUCUUUGAGUGUACUUUUGGACUACAGAUUAGAGGAUAAUAAAGAACAUUCUUUUGAGGUUUCAUUAUUUGCAGAACUUUUCAAUGAAAUGCUUCAAAGAGAUUUUGGUGUCAGGAUAUACAAAUCAUUACUGUCCCUUCCUGAGAAAGAGGAUAAAAAAGAAAAGGAAAAGAAAAGCAAAAAAGAUGAGAGAAAAGAUAAAAAAGAAGAAAGAGAUGAUGAAACUGAUGAGCCAAAACCCAAACGGAGAAAAUCAGGCGAUGAUAAAGAUAAAAAAGAAGAUAGAGAUGAAAGGAAGAAAGAAGAUAAAAGAAAAGAUGAUUCUAAAGAUGAUGAUGAAACUGAAGAAGAUAAUAAUCAAGAUGAAUAUGAUCCACUGGAAGCAGAAGAAGCUGAGGAUGAAGAAGAUGAUCGGGAUGAGGAAGAAAUAAACAAACGAGAUGACAAAAGAGAUAUUAAUAGGUACCUAAAGGAGAGGCCCUCUAAAGAUAAGGAAAAAGAAAAGACUCAGAUGAUCACAAUUAACAGGGAUCUGUUAAUGGCGUUUGUUUAUUUUGAUCAAAGCCAUUGUGGUUACCUUCUUGAAAAGGAUUUGGAAGAAAUACUUUAUACUCUUGGACUACAUCUUUCUCGGGCUCAGGUAAAGAAGCUUCUUAAUAAAGUAGUUCUCCGUGAAUCUUGCUUUUACCGGAAAUUAACGGACACCUCAAAAGAUGAGGAAAACCAUGAAGAGUCUGAAGCACUGCAGGAAGAUAUGCUAGGAAACAGGUUGUUGCUUCCAACACCAACAGUAAAACAGGAAUCUAAGGACGUAGAAGAAAAUGUUGGCCUUAUUGUGUACAAUGGUGCAAUGGUAGAUGUAGGAAGCCUCUUGCAAAAACUGGAAAAGAGUGAAAAAGUACGAGCUGAAGUAGAACAGAAGCUGCAGUUACUAGAGGAAAAGACGGAUGAGGAUGAAAAAACCAUAUUAAAUUUGGAGAAUUCCAACAAAAGCCUCUCUGGUGAACUCAGAGAAGUGAAAAAGGAUUUUAGUCAGUUACAAGAAAACUUAAAGAUUUCAGAAAACAUGAAUUUGCAAUUUGAAAACCAACUGAAUAAGACAAUCAGAAACUUAUCCACAGUAAUGGAUGAAAUUCACACUGUUCUUAAGAAGGAUAAUGUGAAGAAUGAAGAUAAAGAUCAAAAAUCCAAGGAGAAUGGUGCAAGUGUAUGA